AUGAAUGCCACAACAACAUUAGCCACACCAGCACAAGGUGUUUAUCACAUGCGUCUCGCGCUAACGGUCACUCAUCUUCUGCUGGUUUCGUUGGGUACUGUCAAUAUAAUGGUUAUUCUGAUCAUCAUUAUGCGACCGUACAUGCGCUCAAUUACGAAUGUUUAUAUGAUCGGUUUGUGUUUCGCUGAUUUCAUUUACCUCGCCAAUCUGACACUUGUGGCCGCAACUCAACUCAACGACAAAUCAUGGGCAUUCGGCUCGCUGAUGUGCACUCUGUAUCACGGAACCGAAUCCACCGGUUCGUUAUUUCAAUGUUGCAUUGCUUCACAUAACUGUAACACACUUUGCUCAUCAAACUUUUAUGAUCAAAAGAUGACAUAUGAAUGCUCAGAGCAGUGCUUUCCAGGCAAAUACGCAAGUGUAAUGUUCGUGGUGCUGUUGGCAUCUGAUCGUUACUGUGCGAUGUGUCGUCUGAGUCUAUGCGCUCGAUACCGCAACUAUCCAACCGCACUGCUGGUCAGUGCAUUUGCGUGGUGCUUAGCACUUGGUGCUGCUGCACCGUUGUAUAUAUUCGCAGAAGUGACCGUGCUCAGAUUACGGGUUGCCAACCAUUACGUACAUCGUUUAUGUAUUGCUAAAUGGCCAUCUUCUGACAUUGCCAGAUGGUACAUAACCUUCUCAUCGAUAUUAAUUUACGCCGUACCACUAGCGCUUAUAGUUUUCUUCUAUUAUCAUAUUCUCAGCAAGCUCAGGGAGGCACUGAAAGGGAACAAGCGUCUACAGCGUAGUGCAAGUUCUCGUGCACCGUAUCAUCGAGUCACAAGACUUGUUCUUUGGGUUGUUGUCUUCCAUGUUGUUUGCUGGUCACCGUUCUGGUUAUUCAAUUUGCUCAGCUCCAUAUUCCGAUUACGCAUUCAAACGCAAUUCGAUCGUAUCAUCGUUAAUAUCAUUCAUUUAUUCCCCUACAUCAAUUGUGCACUUCAUCCAUUGCUCUACGCUGUUCAAGCUGAGAACUUUCGAACUGCUUUUCGUUCGCUUUUUCUACGACGACCCUCGCAUAGUGGUGUUCGUUUGGCUCGCGGCAAACAGCGCACACGUGCUUUGCAUGGGCAGGGCAGUUGCUACAGACCUAGUCGCACUUCGGUACAUGAUCCUCUAUUGACCCACCAACAUCCCACUCAGGUGAAUGCGGAUCGUCGUUUGGUUUGUAAGAGGCGCACUCAUAGUGUUCUCAAAAUUCAGAAUGUUUGGAAUGGAAUGAAGUCCGAUCGCACAAGUGCAUCCCAGCUGAACGUGCCGCCCUCAGAGGACUAUCGCGAACGUUCUCCAUCUGACGUCCAUGCGUCCGCACCCACAGUAGGUGUUGUGCUCUAA